CCUUGCGCUCCGGGCGCCGCAAUCCCGGGGACGCGGCCUCGCAGACACCUUCCCCGCCGCCGGGGAGCGGCCGCAGCCACCUCGGCGCCUGGCCGGGCUCCUUCGCUUCACCCCGCCGAGAGGCGUCCCGGACUGCGGGGCCACCGCCGCUCCGACCCUCGCCCCGAGGCUCGUGGGACGGACUGACGGACGGACGGACGGACGCAGCCGGCGAGGAGCGGACUGCGGGCGGAGGCAAGAAAACUCUGAGUGGUUCUGUUGGGCCACCUUGAGUGACUACUGCUCAAACCUGUUUCUUGGACCCUUUCUUCAAAAGACCAGCACACACCCAGAUUGCUCAACUGUAAUCCCAAAUUAAUGGAGUUUUUCUAAAGAGGACUACAUUAGUCACACCAGGACUGAGCAGUUGAACAUCACAUACCAAGAGUGACAUCUGGCUAACAAUAUCACAACAACCUGAAGUUAGGAUCUUUUUUGGAAGCGAAAAAGGAAAAAAGAAACAUUUUUUUUAAAAAUGGAGGAGUGAUCGUCAAAGGUUACAUCUGCUCUGGGACCUGCUGUCACCUGAAGGCCCCUGUGUCUGCUCUAGAGAACUCCCGUUGAAUGACAAAGACGCUAAGAACAGUCUUUGCCCAAGACGGGUCUGGAACCUAACGGGGUUCCCAUGACCCCUGCGCUUGCUUCCAGUCAGCAAUGAAAGGGUUAUCAGGUAGCCGCAGCCACCACCAUGGAAUCACCUGCGAGUCGGCCUGUGACUCCCUGUCACACCACUCGGACCACAAGCCGUACCUGCUGAGCCCAGUGGACCACCACCCUGCAGACCAUCCCUACUACACCCAGCGGAACUCCUUCCAGGCCGAGUGCGUGGGCCCCUUCAGCGACCCGCUGGCCAGCAGCACCUUCCCACGCCGGCACUACACCUCGCAGCAGGAGCUGAAGGACGAGAGUGCCCUGGUGCCACGCACCCUGGCCACCAAGGCGAACCGCCUCCCCUCCAACCUGCUGGAUCAGUUUGAGAGGCAGCUGCCGCUCAGCCGGGAUGGCUACCACACGCUCCAGUACAAGCGCACCGCCGUGGAGCAUCGCAGCGACAGCCCCGGCCGCAUCCGGCACCUGGUCCACUCGGUCCAGAAGCUCUUCACCAAGUCUCACUCCCUGGAGGGGCCAUCCAAAGGCAGCGUCAAUGGGGGCAAGGCCAGCCCCGAUGAGUCGCAACCCGUGAGGUACGGCAAGCGCAGCAAGAGCAAGGAGAGGCGUUCAGAGUCCAAGGCCAGAUCCAACGCCUCUAACGCCUCCCCGACCUCUCCCAGCUGGUGGAGCUCGGACGACAACCUGGACGGCGACAUGUGCCUGUACCACACGCCCUCGGGCGUGAUGACCAUGGGCAGGUGCCCCGACCGCUCCGCUUCGCAGUACUUCAUGGAAGCCUACAAUACCAUCAGCGAGCAAGCCGUGAAGGCCUCCCGGAGUAGCAACGACGUCAAGUGCUCCACCUGCGCCAAUCUUCCAGUCAACCUGGACGCCCCGCUUCUGAAGAAGAGCGCCUGGUCCUCCACUCUCACCGUGAGCCGAGCCCGAGAGGUUUACCAGAAGGCCUCGAUGAACAUGGAUCAGGCCAUGGUGAAGUCUGAGGCCUGCCAGCAAGAGCGGUCCUGCCAGUACCUACAGAGCAAGCUAAAAAGGCUACAGGGACACUUAAGCCAAGUCGUAUUUGUCAAGGUGAAAGCUGUGUGGAGCAGAAAAGCAGUUCUCCCAGCUGCAAAGAAGAUGCGGAGGAGCAGAGUUCCCCAAGAUGAAUGGACAGGGUACACGCCUCGCGGGAAGGACGAUGAGAUUCCAUGCCGGAGGAUGCGAAGUGGCAGCUACAUCAAGGCCAUGGGGGAUGAGGACAGCGGGGACUCGGACACGAGUCCCAAGCCAUCUCCCAAAAUGGCUGCCAGAAGAGAAAGCUAUCUCAAGGCUACACAACCAUCCCUCACAGAGCUCACCACACUCAAGAUCUCCAAUGAACACUCACCCAAACUCCAGAUCCGGAGUCACAGUUACCUGAGGGCAGUAAGUGAAGUCUCCAUCAACAGAAGCCUGGACAGUCUCGACCCUGCAGGCUUGCUCACAUCGCCAAAGUUCCGCUCCAGAAAUGAGAGCUACAUGCGAGCCAUGAGCACCAUCAGCCAGGUGAGCGAGAUGGAGGUGAACGGGCAGUUCGAGUCCGUCUGCGAGUCGGUGUUCAGCGAGCUGGAGUCGCAGGCCGUGGAGGCGCUGGACCUGCCCAUGCCCGGCUGCUUCCGCAUGCGGAGCCACAGCUACGUCCGGGCCAUCGAGAAGGGCUGCUCGCAGGACGACGAGUGCGUGUCGCUGAGGUCGUCCUCCCCUCCGCGCACGACCACCACGGUGCGGACCAUCCAGAGCAGCACCGGUGUCAUAAAACUGAGUUCUGCCGUGGAAGUGUCGUCUUGCAUUACCACAUAUAAGAAGACGCCACCUCCAGUCCCACCCAGAACCACCACGAAACCUUUCAUUUCUAUCACAGCCCAGAGUAGCACUGAGUCUGCGCAGGACGCAUACAUGGACGGACAGGGCCAGCGCGGAGACAUGAUCAGCCAGUCUGGCCUCAGCAACUCCACCGAAAGUCUGGACAGUAUGAAGGCCCUCACGGCCGCCAUCGAGGCGGCCAACGCCCAGAUCCACGGCCCCGCGAGUCAGCACAUGGGCAAUAAUGCCGCGGCUGUCACCACCACCACCACCAUAGCCACAGUCACCACCGAGGACAGGAAGAAAGACUUCAAGAAGAACCGAUGCCUCUCUAUCGGGAUCCAGGUGGACGAUGCCGAAGAGCCUGAGAAAACAGUGGAGAACAAGGCGAGCAGCAAGUUCCAGUCGGUGGGCGUGCAGGUGGAAGAGGAGAAGUGCUUCCGCAGAUUCACUCGGUCCAACAGUGUGAUAACCGCAGUGCAGGCUGACCUGGACUUCCAUGAUAACCUGGAAAAUUCUCUGGAGUCUAUAGAGGACAAUUCGUGUCCCGGCCCAAUGGCCAGACAGUUCUCCCGGGAUGCCAGCACCUCCACAGUCAGUAUCCAGGGUUCAGGAAACCACUAUCACGCCUGCGCAGCCGACGAUGACUUUGACACGGAUUUUGACCCCUCUAUCCUGCCUCCUCCGGACCCCUGGAUUGACUCUGUCACAGAAGACCCUCUGGAGGCCGUUCAGAGGUCCGUGUGCCGCCGGGAUGGCCACUGGUUCCUGAAGCUUCUCCAGGCAGAGCGAGACCGCAUGGAGGGGUGGUGCCAGCAAAUGGAGAGAGAAGAGCGAGAGAACAACCUCCCAGAGGACAUUCUAGGGAAAAUCCGAACCGCGGUGGGCAGUGCCCAGCUUCUCAUGGCGCAGAAAUUCUACCAGUUCAGAGAACUGUGUGAAGAGAACGUGAAUCCCAAUGCUCAUCCAAGACCCACUUCCCAGGAUUUGGCGGGGUUUUGGGACAUGCUGCAGUUGUCCAUAGAAAAUAUUAGUAUGAAAUUUGAUGAACUUCAUCAGUUAAAGGCCAAUAAUUGGAAACAGAUGGAUCCUCUUGACAAGAAGGAGCGAAGGGCCCCUCCUCCAGUGCCAAAGAAGCCGGCGAAGGGCCCCGCGCCGCUGAUCCGGGAGCGCUCGCUGGAGAGCUCGCAGCGCCAGGAGGCCCGCAAGCGCCUGAUGGCCGCCAAGCGCGCCGCGUCGGUCCGCCAGAACUCGGCCACCGAGAGCGCCGAGAGCAUCGAGAUCUACAUCCCCGAGGCGCAGACCCGGCUCUGAGCGCCGCCGCCGCCCGGCCCGCCUCCCCGCCCCUCCGUCUCUCAGCUCCGUGGCCGUCCUGGCGCAGCCGUCCCCCAGACCGCCCCGCUCCCCGGACCACUCGGCCCGUCUUCUCCACCGAGCUUCGCGCCCCCUGUCCCGAGGCCUCGCGCGCACAUCCAAACCCUUUCUUUUCUGGGCCAAGCAAACCCACUUGUGUAGAGACGACACCUGUAGGUCCCUCGCCCUCCUCAGUUCUCUCAAGCUAGCGCGUCCCUAGAACUCAGCAAUAUAAAACCGUAGGGUAAUUCAGAAACCCAGUAUCACACGGGGUGAUCCUUGGGGACUUACCGUCUUCCACGUGAAAGAAACGAGGGCUCCGACUCCCCUUUAUUUGCCCCAAACGGUUAUCUUUUACGAGCGGAGAGCGCUUUAUUUCUAAUCUCAGAAAUCACACCAUCUCACGGGGAUCAGUGGUGACUAAGAGAGAGGGGACCGAGCUGGCCUGGGGUUGGGGGCCUGGGUGUGUAGGAGGGAAGGGCGAAGCGCGCAGGUACCCCGCAUCUGCGCCCUCGCGGCUGCACAAACUGCCUCGCUGGUACUUCAUCAAUCACAGCUUCAAACGUUUCAAUCAGCAGAAGAUUGUAAAUCCGAUCUUUCAGGGAAAUUAACCUAUUCUGAAAGGCAAUAAAAUGAAGAAAGCUGAGGGAAAGGAAACACCGGUGGCUUAAGAUCCUACAUAAGGAAUCUAUUUAUUAUUUAUCCUAUUAAGAAAAUUUAGGCCUGAAAUGUCUUAUCAACUUUUUCUUGUAUUCUCUGUAUUAUAAUGUCACAGCAGUGGUUUUUAAACGGGAGGGGGAACAAGGACCUGGUUCUGUUACCUUAGUGUCCAUCAGGGUAGGCCCACUUAGAAUUUCCCACAGGUAGGAAGGCUUCUACUUCUGAGAGACGGCAAGGCCAUUUCCAGAGGAGAGUUCGGGUUCUCCUGCCACCCCUUUGAAUGCCACACACCCAUCGAGCCUAGCCCAACACUUCACACUUGAGGGGCGCUUUCUCCUUCGGUCCUCCUCUCACUCCAGUACAGGGUUCGCGUGUUCCCCAGCACAGGGUUUUUUUUGCUCCAUGUCAAAUGAAUAAAAUAAAAGGUUUUCUACCCCAGUUGACAUGCUGCCUCGUUCCAAAGAGCUGUCGUUAUGAUCCUGGAGUUCCAGAUAGUGAGAGAAGUCAUUGGAUAUGCCGGGGUCAAGAGCUAAGAGGAGGGGGAAAAGUCGUCAUUGAAACCGCUGAUAGGAAUCCAAGCUUUUGGUUGGAUACAGGCUUUCUGCUGGCUUGCAGUUGAGUCGUGGUUGAUGGACUGUUCACUGGCAUCCUGCUGAAGUCUUAAACGCCCUUACUUGUAGCAGUUUAAACAUUCUGAACGUGGCGAUCUGAAAGGAUCAGCCUUUUAAUAUGUCAAGCUUGCAACCUAAAUAAUUAGAAAUUUGCCAUAGAAAAAUGAAAGACUUAAAAGAAAAAAAAAUGCUUGCACCAGAAAUGCUUUUAAAAAAUAACUCUCAUAGCCAGGUGCUAAUUUAAUUUUCUUUACAAAAUUAAGAGAAGCGAAGGGUUCUGGCAACCAGUAUUUUCAGACAUAUUCUAAAACCUCUAGAGAAUUUGCUACCUCUCAGAGCCAUUGAUGCUUUGAGUUACCUUUAUCAACAGGGCACAAAUGUUUACUGCUGUGGUUUACAAGAAAAGGGCUAUAACUUAUUCAAAACAACAACAACUUUUAACUAGGGCAGACAAAGGCAGCGCUUUGUCCAACUGGAGCAGAGAUUUUUGAGCUUUAGGAAUUUGCUAGUUUCAGAAAAAAAAAAAAAGACGCUUUUACUUUACAGAGGAGCAGCAAUGAAAGAGCACAUGACAUAGGCAGGAGUAACGCCAACCGACCGUCACCUUGGUAGCCCGUGAUCACAUUCAUCCGAGACUUGGAAUUCCCAGGAAGCAGCAUCCAUUCUAGACCCGCUCUGACCCACUUUCACCACUACAGCUCCCUGCCCUGAGGUAGGAGUGAGAUCAGUUUCUAACGUGACUCCAGAUCCUUCUACAGUGUUUUCUUUGGGAACUGAUUUAGCCCAGGCUGUUUUAAAGAGAGAAGAGAGAGGCCUAUUUAUCUUGUCUACAUGAAUGGCAUUUGUAUAUUCAUAAGCUAUUUUUGGUAAGAAUUUUAAAUCUUUUAGCUGAACGCCUGAAGGGCAUCACAGCCUUUGCCUUCCUGGAAAUCACAGUUCAACUGUACAAACACUUUAUAAAAAAAAAAAAAAAACAGAAAA